UUUGUAAGAUCUCAGAAAUUAUUCAUGGUAUCUUGGGAACAUUUAUAGUAGAUAAAGUCCCCUGAGAACAAUAUAUAGAUCAAAUAACACCGUUGCCAUGUGAUUUCAUACAAAAAGUCUACCCUUUGUUGGAGUUAAGUGUUCCUUGUUUUAGCGGUUAUCUAUGUACUGCCGCACUGUUUUUCGCGUUGGGGUCAAACUAGCGUUCUCUCGCCGUCAUCGUCUUGAUAAUUUGUUAAUAAUUUAUCCUGUACAUAAGGUUAAUAUCUUAAAAGAGAAAUGGAGGAGAAAUAAGUCCUUUUGUUUCGGGAAAUACGGCUGUUUAUAACGAUACAGCUCGUUUACGCUGAGUAAGUGUUUGAUUUGCUACAAAGACCCUCGAAUCGACUUUGAGAUCUCAUCGGGAAUUUUGAAGGAUCGGAAGUAAUCGACGCUGAAAGGGACUUUGUAAUUAAGUAUGGCUCCGUCUACGGAAAGAUGGUGUAUAUAUUUUCUGGUGCUCGCGAAUUCUAUUUACUCGAUCUCCACACAGAACGUCACCAUUGCCCCUACAAGUUCCAACACGACCCAAAACCAUACAAAACCGAUCCCUUUUAGCUGUAAAUGGAGAGAUCUUAGAUUCCCCAUAACCUAUGGGCCGGCCAUUGCAUGUGUGUUGUGUAUUCUACUUGGAGGGUUCAAAUUAUUUGUUGGCUACAAGUAUCAGCGUACCACUCUUUUCCUGAUGGGUUUCACCUCUGCAACCAUACUUACCUACUUUAUAUCUUUAGAGAGGAGUAACCUUCGCAUAGAAUACACUCUACUUAUUACAGCCGCCAUCGGCAUCUUUGCAGGGAUCCUUUGCACUACUGUCAUGUUUUGUGGCCUUUUUGUGAGUGGGUUAUCUGCUGGUAUUUGUAUCGGAAUGGCAUUUUUGUUAGGCUUUGCCACACUAUUUGCAGAGUACAACACUAUAUCCAUUCCACUAGGGGUGGUUAUUACUGUGGCUGUUCUGAUGGCUGGCGCGGCAGUGUGGUGGAAGCGUGUUAUCUUGAUCAUCUCAACUUGCACAUUCGGCGGUAUUCUCCUAGCAGCAGGAGUGGACUAUUUCAUAGAGGACUUCCUAAUGAUGAUAUAUGCAUGGAAUAAGGUGUUCCUAUUAGACAUUGUAGACACACCUUGUUUUUUCUCAUGGAUUAUCCUAGGGGUGUGGCCUUUAUUGACUUUCAUUGGACUACUGGUGCAGUUCCUGAAAACUGGCAAGGAAAAAAUGAAGGCUAAAAAGGAUCAAUACAACAAGAGAUACCGUAUGGGAUCCCCAUUUUACUCUGCCCCUGAUCUAGACGACGUAGAAAUGAGAGAGUUACUACAUCGGCAAGCAGGGUCCAACACAAGUAACCAGACUUCAAGCGAUGUGCACCUAAAUGCUGACCACACUGUUUGAUGUGGCGCUAAAUCUUUAUAAUAUAGCAUGGAUAAUCAUAUAGUAAAAAUAAGAAUAAUUAUUAUGCUAGAAUUCAAUUUUUGGAUAUCCAACAUUUGGAUAUCAAUUUUGAAAAUUAGAAUAAAAUUUGGCUAGUUUUAAAUACAAAAUUAACCACAUUUAAACAUUAGUUUUGAAAGGCUGUUGUAAAAAUUAUAAUAAAAUUUUGCUAGUUUAAAAUUUUAAUAUUAACCACAUUUAGAUAUGAGUUUUGAAAAGCUUUAUAUAAAAAUAUGUUUAUUUAAUUUAAUUAAAUACUUUUAUUCAAUAUUUAUGAGAAUAUUUUUUUUCAGUAUGAGCAAAUAUAAAUCGUAAAUAACUGACAAAAGAUUCCAAAUACAAAUUGAAUACUCAAAAGGAUGUUAUUAUUUUUCUGAAUUAUUUGUGCAAUAAAUUUGAUUCAAAUGAA